AUUGUCAUUGGGAUGGAUGUAGCAGCAUCUGAAUUCUAUCGCGAUGGCAAAUAUGACCUAGACUUCAAAUCCCCUGACGAUCACAGCAGAUACAUCACUCCUGAUCAGCUGGCUGACCUCUACAAGAAUUUUGUCAAAAAUUACCCACUGGUGUCCAUUGAAGAUCCCUUUGACCAGGAUGAUUGGGCCGCCUGGAAGAAGUUUACAGCUGAUGUGGACAUCCAGGUGGUUGGUGAUGACUUGACAGUGACCAACCCAAAACGGAUCACUAAAGCCGUUCAAGAGAAAUCCUGCAACUGUCUCCUACUCAAAGUGAACCAGAUCGGCUCUGUCACAGAGUCGCUGCAGGCCUGCAAGCUCGCCCAGUCUAACGGUUGGGGUGUAAUGGUGAGCCAUCGCUCUGGAGAGACUGAAGACACCUUCAUUGCAGACUUGGUGGUUGGGUUGUGCACUGGACAGAUCAAGACUGGGGCUCCCUGCAGAUCUGAACGUCUAGCAAAAUAUAACCAGCUUCUAAGAAUUGAAGAAGAACUGGGGAGCAAGGCCCGUUUUGCUGGCCGAAAUUUCAGGAAGCCUAAGGUCAACUAA